UUUAUGCUCUCAAUAAUUAUAUCGUGACUAUGGAAAACAUUUCGAGUGUCGAAAACGAAACAAAAGUGAUUCAUAUGGUUGAGAAACAUUACCCGGAAUACAGCUUGAAUUCAAAAAUACUAUUGCUGUGUGGAGCUCUCGUUGUCACUUUGAAUUUAUAUUUGAUUGCAAGAAUAAAACAGCAGACCAGACAAAAGCAGUCUGUCUCAAAGUUCUUGCUAGGGAAUCAAGCACUUUCUGAUGUGUUGGUUGGCUUGGUGUUCAUUCCGGCAUUUAUCAUCGACACUUAUGUACAAAUUAGUGUCAUCAACUUUGUAAGCUGUUUUGUAUUUUUCAACAGCCUCUUCUCAAGAUGUAUUCUGGCUUACGAUCGAUACCUAUCCAUUAAUAGGCCAUUUCAGUACCAGCAUUUAAUGACCAUUCGACCAGUAAAGCGAAUUCUGUUGAUAUUUCUUGGGACCUCAUCUCUCCUAGCAAUCCUUCCAUUAUUUUGGAUUGACACUUCAAGGAGAGUUAAACAUGAAAUGAACAGAUAUUUUGCUGCUUUUUUGUGGCUGGUAAUAUCUUUGAUGCUGCUCUUCCUUCUGAUUGCAUACCUGACAACGUUCUGCAAGACAAAACAGUUUAUUCGGUCAAAACUCUCGAUGCUAAAGAAGCGUCCGGCUCUGCUUUUGAAUCAUUCAGAAGUGAUGUGUGACAAUUAUGCAAGGAAAGAAAGAAGACUCGCUGUGCAGUUCGCAGUGCUUGCCUUAUGCUUUGCUCUUACAUAUCUGCCAAUACUGUACAUCAAUUUGAUGGGACCGAUUCUCCAAAAGUACGAGGCUGUGUCCGAGACACUCUUACGUACGUCACUCUACACAUUUGUUGGAAAUGCUGUUUUUACUCCUGUUCUUGCUUUGAUGUUUAAUACAGAUGGCAAAAAAGCUGUCUUUUGUUGCAAAUGAGACUGCACAAUUGAAUGCCAUUCCAGUAGCGGUUUUCAUGUGU